AUGCCAUUUGGGCUAAAAAAUGCAGGAGAAACCUAUCAACGACUCGUAGACAAAGCUUUCCACAAGCAAAUCGGGAGAAACCUAGAGGUCUACGUAGAUGACAUGGUCAUCAAAAGCAGAACGGAGGAAGAACUACUUGCAAACAUUCAAGAAACCUUCGAAACACUGCGAAAGAUAAAAAUGAAGCUCAACCCCAAAAAAUGCUCUUUUGGAAUGGAGGCUAGGAAGUUCCUAGGGUACUAUAUCUCGGAUAGGGGAAUCCAAGCAAACCCAUCUAAGGUAAACAAGAUACUCGAACUACCAGCUCCAAAGACAGUAAAAGAGGUACAAAGCCUAAACGGCAAACUCGCAGCACUAAGUCGCUUUUUCUCAAAAGGAGCGGAUAGGCAAUUGCCAUUUUUCAAAACACUAAAGAACUGCGGGGCCAAAAAAGGAUUCGAAUGGACAAAGGAGGCUGACGAAGCAUUUGAACAAAUGAAAAAGCACAUAGCAGAACUCCCCUCCUUGAUAUCCCCAAGGAAAGGAGAGACCCUUUACAUAUAUCUCGCAGCCUCCGCCGAAUGCGUAAGCACAGUCCUAUUAACAGAAAGGGACAGGAAACAAAUGCCAAUCUACUUCGUAAGCAGGAUACUGCAAGGAGCAGAAGCAAACUACCCAGAGAUGGAGAAGCUUGUGUUAGCACUUGUUCACGCAGCAAGAAGACUACGCAGAGUGGCAAAAUGGGCAAUCGAGCUUGGAGCAUAUGAUAUCGAGUAUAGGGCAAGGCACGCAGUCAAAGGACAGAUCCUAGCAGACUUCAUUACCGAAAUAAGGGAAACAGGAAAUUCAGUAACUCACUCCACGACACUCACAGUGACUGGGGAAGCAGACUUUGAAACCUGGGAAUUAUACACUGACGGAGCAUCAAGUUCAGAAGGCUGCGGGGCUGGAAUACGCCUAGUAAGCCCAGAUAAGCAAGAAUACACAUAUGCCCUAAGAUUCGAGUUCGAAACAACAAACAAUGAAGCAGAAUACGAGGCAUUGAUAGCAGGAUUGGACCUGGCCAAAGACAUGAAAAUCAGAAGUAUCAAAGCUUUCGUGGACUCCCAGCUCGUAGCCAACCAAGUAAAAGGUGAAUACGAAGCCAAGGGAGAGAUCAUAAGGCUAUAUUUGGGAAAAACAAAGGAAUUAAUUGAGCAAUUUGAAAGCUUCGACAUCGAGCACAUACGAAGAAAUCAAAACAAAAAAGCCGAUGCUCUAAGCAAGCUAGCCUCGUUAACAUUUGAACACCUGGGGAAGAAAGUACUAAUAAAGGUCCUGAAAGAAAGAUCCAUAUACGAAAAGCGAGUGCAUGAUUUAGUUAGAGAAAAAGGAAAAAACUGGAUGACACCGAUAAUUGAAUAUUUGGUGAGCGGAAUAUUCCCAGAAGAUGAAAGCGAAGCAAGAAAAAUAAGAAUCAAAGCUCCACAAUACAAGUUGAUGGAGGGGAACCUUUACAAAAAGGCAUUUGUGACCCCAUGGUUACGCUGUGUGGGACCCAAACAGGCAGAAACAAUAAUUUUUGAAAUUCAUGAAGGAAUCUGCGGACUACACGCAGGACCCAGGUCAGUGGCGACAAAAGCGCUACGCCUAGGGUAUUUUUGGCCAUCAAUGCACAGAGAUGCAGCCAAGCUUUUGCACAAUUGUGAAGCAUGUCAACUGCACGCAAACGUUCCCAGGCUACCAAAGCAAGAUAUGACAUCGGUAACAUCUGCAUGGCCAUUUACAAAGUGGGGAAUUGACAUAGUGGGGCCACUACCAAAAGCACCAGGAAAGGUAAAGUUUCUAAUUGUGGCUAUUGAUUAUUUCACAAAAUGGGUAGAAGCAAAACCUGUGGCAACAAUAAAUGGAAAAACAAUUGAGAAUUUCGUCUGGGAAUAUAGAAUAUACCGAUUCGGGUUACCACAAAUGAUAGUCUCGGAUAAUGGAAAACAAUUUGCGGAGGGUACAUUCACAGAAAUGUGUCAAAGGCGAAACAUAAAGCAAUCCUUCACAUCAGUAUAUCACCCAUAA